AUGGAAUAAAGCCAAUAACGCUCACACAGCGCAUGCAUAGCGUAUACGCGGUAGGCGCACGUGUACUUUUUUUUUGUUCAUUCCGAUCUAGAUCCAAGAUGGCGGAAGAACAGACCACAUUUGCCGCCGACGAUGGCGAACAAUAUCAAGACAACCAGGAGGAGCUCGAAGAAGAGAACCUGCGGAAGCUGUUCCUGGGCGGACUUGAGAGGUCUCUCACCAAGGAGGAUGUCGAGGAGCACUUCCGCGCCCUAGGGGACGUGAUCGACGUCUCGGUGGCCACAGAUAACCGCAACGUGUCCAAAGGUUUUGGCUUCGUCACCAUGAGGACGAUAGCGGAAACCGACAAAGUGCUGCACGACCACGAAGACAACCCCACACAGCUCAAGGGCAAGAAGAUCGAAGUCAGGCGCGCCAUUCCAAAAAAUAGUAAUGUCCCCAACGAUUUGGUCAAGAAAGUAUUCGUCGCCGGCCUGAACAAGGGCGUCAUCACAGAGGACGACUUGAAAGACUACUUCAACAGCAUCGCCAAAGUCAAAAGUGUGUCAAUCGUCAGGGACAAGGAGACCAACCAGCCUAGGGGGUUUGCUUUCGUCGAGCUGGAGUAUUACUACAUGGUCGACAAAGCAGCGUUAAUGACAAACCAUAUGAUCAACGACACCAAGAUAGAUGUGAAUAAAGCCCAUGCUGACAAGAACCGAGGUGGGCGUGGCGGCUUCAGGGGCGGACGAGGCGGAGGCGGAGGUGGUUUCAGGGGUGGCAGGGGUGGCGGCUAUGGGGGCGGCGGCUACGGGGGCGGCUACGGUGGUGAAUGGGGUUACGGUGGUGGCCGAGAUUGGGGGAAUGGCUACAACGACUAUGGAGGAUAUGAUAGUUAUUCCGGUUAUGGCCCGUCAAGAGAUUAUUUCGGAGGUGGGAGUAGGGGUAGAGGAGGACGAGGAGGAAGUCGCUACAAGCCGUACUAGGUCACGAUGCCAGGAUCAAACCUCAUGUCAUAGAAAGCAUGUGUAUUUUGAGAAAAUCUGAUGUGCGAAUGCAGCGAGGUACCGACCAAUGGAGUGCAGCCGUGAAACUCUUCUCUCUCGGCGGUAUGAUCCGAAAACAAAAGGAUGUGAAUAUUCCGGUAAUUAGAGGUCAAAGGUCAGGACUGGUAAACUGCCCCUUCCCCUCCAUAAUCCAUUUUUGGUCUUUUUUUCCAAAACAAAGAAUAAUUUUCUUGUGGUCGUUCCGAUAGUCUAGUAUCGCGGAGUGAGAUAUUUCUUAAAAUUGUUCGGAGAUGAUUGCUGUACCUCUGUGGGGCAUUUUACCAUUCCUUCGACGUCUUUUUGUAAAACACAGACCCUACCUUAAUUUUUCUGUUUCCUCUUAAACAAGCAUAACAAAAAUAACGUUGUUCAAACCUUUUUACAUUUGACAUCAUGUACAGACUUUUUUUUUGGAAAAGGGUCAACGGUCGAUGAAAACCGCCCCUCUCCAAAAGCUUUUAGUUGUGUUAGUGUGAUAGUGUGUGUAGUGUAUAGUGAAAAACAAAACUCGGUCAAUGAAAAUAAUACCAGAGCCGAUAGCGGGAUGAUUUAAUACAGGAAGUUUUGUCAGAGAAAGCUGCCUCGAAACAGGUCAUGUUCCCUGAAGACAUGGCAUGAAUUGUUAUGGCGGCAAUUGCAAAUGCACCAUACCAUUUUAAGCCAUGUUUCCAUUUUAUUCAGGUACAUUUUCAGCACCGUUUACAUAUAACGAAUCCUGGCUCAUGUUUGAAAAUUACUACCGGAGGAAUUUUGCUCCUGUAAAAAUUGUUCAUUUCAAAGAACUCCAUUGUUUGUCCUUCCACCUCCAAAUCAUUUCAAUUAAUUGUAAUAAAAAAAACCACUUAAUUGAUCACAAAUUGCACCAAUUUUGUGAGCAACGGUUUUCAAAUUUGUUUCGCUAUUCCCAAACUAAUGAUAAUACAACGUAUUGGUUUUACAUGUACUUCAUCGCUCUUCAUAAUUAUGUCCAGUUUUAAUACUGAGUCAGUGAAGCUACAGCGAAUAAAUACGAAGACGAAAAUCUUGUUUGAAUCAUCAGAUGCUAAUUUUACUUUUAGUUUCUAUUGGUUACCAACUUAAUGAACUGUUACUACUAACAAAAUGCUGCUGGUUCCUGUCUCGGCAUUUCUUGAUGUUAAUAAAGUUGCCAAGUACGUCCAAGCGAGCAGGUUUUAGGUAGUAAGUGCCAUAUUUCCAAAAUCGGGACUUGUAUGAAAUUAUUCAAGAUUGUUAUAAAGUUUAUUCCUGUUAAAAAACAUUCAAGCUGUAAAAACAAAGGAAAGAUUCUUGUCAGUGCUUAAAGGGACAGUCAUUAUUUCUCUUUGUAAACAAUCAACAAAAUUUUGGUAAUGUGUGUUAGUUUUUUUUUCUUCUUCAGGCUGUACAGAUGUUGCUUACCGUGUAAUUGUUCCGUUCUUGCCCCAUUUUUUUUUAUUCUGGGGAAGAGCCUGUUUCUUAAGGAUCGGCAGCUUUAAAACAGUGAAUGUCCUUUACUGAUCACCAUAAUCUGGUUUAAGGCAGACAUUAGACUUGCGUCAGUCAUUACUUACCAUAAAAAAGCACAUUAGACAAUAGGUAAGCCAAUGAACUCAAGUGAAGAAAAUCUCCCCAGCUUUGUAAAAAUGACUACGGAUAUUGCCUGUUCAGAGUUUUUAUUACUGUCCAGUGUACACAUUUCAAUGGAAGAUCAGUCCGUGGAUUAUUCAUUGUACUGUAGUUUUUAUAAAUAUUUUAUUAUCGACUGUUUUAAUUGGUGAAUUAGUUAUUAAAUGAUACGGAAAACUACUGAUACAGAUUUACGUUGACCUUUAAUGUUGUUUUUUCUUUUUCUGAGGUAAAUUCAGUGAUUUUGUUACACUUAUUGUUUGUAGGACCAUUUAAUAAAACCAGGACGAAAAAAGACAAAUCUCUCGG